AUGAAUAUUCUCACUCAUGUGGGUGAUACUGUUCAAUCAACAGCUAUCCCCGUGGGAAUUCGGCUGAUGUUUUCAAGAAUAGGUGAAAUUGAUACAUUGAAUGAAAAAUAUCAGGCACAAGUGUACAUUGAAGCACGAUGGUCAUCCGAUUUAGUAAGGUUAAAAUUAACAACUGAACAACAUCGUCAAUUAAACGAGGGAAAAUCUGUCACCAUAUUGAAAUUUAACGAAAAAAAUUGGACACCUGAGCUGUUCAUUGAAAACGCAAUUGGUGAAUUAAAAGAAGUGUUACGUUAUACAUUGAAGAAGGGUAAUACCCAACGAAGUGGUCAACUAAUUGAAAUAUGCGAACAUCGUGAUCUUAAAGGUGUUUUUUGGGAAAAGUUAGAAUGGAUCAUUUCACAAAUCACGUAUUUGAUUGAUAAAUUGAAAGAGCCUAAUACCGAGACAAUGAGGGGGUAUACUACCCUUUCAUUAAGAUUAUAUCAUAGAUUAACAGUACAUCUGCAUCACUUUCCAUCGGAUGUACAAGAAUUAACUGUAUCUGUCACUACAUCUUACUACGAUGAUAAAGUCGUGCUACACAAAGAUGAAUAUUAUCAAUCGGGCAUCAAUCGUGCGGCAUUUGUCGAUCAACAAGAAUGGAUGCUAUAUCAACAUGUUGAAACACAAACAAGAUUUACCAAAGAGUAUCCGUUUAGAGAUGAGAAUGAUGCAAAAGAAGAACAAAAACGAUCAGUAUUCUCCGUGACAUGUCAUGCAGUUUGUUCAUUUUGUACAUUUACAAUACCACCAAACUUACCACAGAGUCGUUUACAGAUCGAUUGUACAUUGUUGUUAACAUCGAUUACGUUUCGAUGGGUCGUGAAUCGAUCACUGUCUUCUGCUGAAUAUUUUGAAAAAUAUUAUAGAAAUGUUAAAUUUUUUUUCAGCCAACUAUAUCCUAUUUGA